AUGUCAUCUUUUUUCCUUGCCAGAAUAAGCCUUAAACGUGUUCCAGUUUUUUUGAACAGAUAUUAUACCAGUGGUGCUGUCGGCGCAGAAUCGCUCAUCACUCGACUCAAAGAUGAUCGUAAAACCUUUAUGAAAGAAAAGAAACAAACCGAGCUCAAUGUCGUAAAAGGCCUAUUAAGUGAUUUCACCUAUCACGUGAAAAGUGCCAACUUUGCCGAAGGCUCCAGUGAAGAAGAGGCCUUACUAUCUGUUUUGCAAAAAGCCAUCAAGCGUCGUCAAGAUUCUAUCUCACAAUACGAGUCAGGUGGCCGACCAGAAUUAGCCAAGCAAGAAAGUGAUGAAUUGAAACUAUUGCAGUCCUAUUUACCAAAACAAAUGUCACCUGAAGAGAUUGAAGAAGAGUUGAAGGAAGUCAUUCACGAGGUGGGCGCUACAUCGGGAAGAGAUUUGGGUAAAGUGAUGAAGGCUUGGAAAUUUGAUGCAGUGAGGGCUGAUCGAAAGGUUGUUAGUGACAUUGCAAAGAAGUUGUUACAAUAA